CAUCAACACGCACUAGAGGAGAGGCGGGUGCUGUACGUGGGGCGUCGGCCUGACAGCACACACUCAGAGCUCAAGCGACGCUUUGAAGUAUUCGGCGAGAUGGAAGAGUGUGCCGUCAACCUCCGAGAUGAUGGCUGUGACGCCUGGUCAGUGCUGCGUUUGGGACACACACUCCAGCUGGCUGGGGAGCCCCAGUUUGACCUCAAGAGCCACCGCAGAGCCCCCUACACCGACUUAGACUCCCACUCAGACGACUUUGAUCCAGCCUCCUGUAAGAGCCAGUACGACUGCGUAGACUUUGACAGCCUGCUGCAGGAAGCUCAGAGCAGCCUGCGGAAGUGACGAGGUCACAAUGCUCCACCCUACCCCACCCUGCUCCACCCUACCCCACCCUGCGGAGGUGACGAGGUCACGAUGCUCCACCCUACUCCACCCUGCGGAGGUGACGAGGUCACAAUGCUCCACCCUACCCCACCCUGUGAGGUCACGUCGCUCCACCCAAUGUCACGGAAUGUCGUGCUCCACUCCAGCUCCGUACCCCCCCACUACAACGUACCCUCCCCCCCACCACCACCAAUAACGCACCCACCACUUAGCCCCCCACCACGA